AGUUCCGACCGGUUUUGUUUUUUUUCUUCAUAUAAAUGUGUGAGUGUGCCACUCAAUGUCUGUGGUCUGUUUUCAAACAAAUUUGUGUAGCCCAUUGAAGAUAAAAAGAAAGAGAAUAUGCAUGGGGUGUUUUAACUACUCUCCCCAAAAAUUGUAAACAAUGCAUACAUAAUAAGCUUUUGGCUUUAUCCAGCUUUACAUUAUGUACCUGCUGCUAAUCCCACAAAUGCACAAUGUAAUUCUAUGAUAGCCUCGGAGAAAACUAGAAACAAAGAAAAACACUUGCUGCUUUUUACUUCAAAUUGGCCUUUUGUAACAACAAUUUUCAUUAAAAAAACACUUGAUUUAAUUGAAAUGUGAUGGCAAUUGUUGUGCACACAUGUUAAGGUAAGCCACCUAUUUUUUUCUGUACCACAUCUCGUGAGUUAUGUACGUGUAUGUAUGACAAUGGACAACAGAAUAAGCAUCUGAAUUCCUUUGUAUUGUUCUGUAAGGUCAAACAUCUCUCGGCAUCAAAUCCUAUAGCAUUUUUCUUCUCUCAUCUCAACUUGUGUGGAUUAAGUAGAAGAAAAGAGGGGAAUUGAAUAUUCAACUUCAUGGAUGUUGCACACUUUUUGUUUGGCAUAUUUGGAAAUGUUACCGCUCUGUUCCUCUUCUUGGCACCGAUGAUUACAUUCAAGAGAAUUAUAGUGAACAAAUCAACAGAGCAGUUUUCAGGCAUUCCAUAUGUUAUGACACUGCUCAAUUGUCUUCUUUCUGCUUGGUAUGGUCUUCCUUUUGUGUCUCCACACAACAUACUAGCAUCAACAGUAAAUGGCACAGGAGCAGUAAUUGAAAUCAUAUAUGUUUUGACAUUCAUCGUAUUUGCACCUAAGAAAGAAAAGAUCAAAAUCUUUGGCCUAUUCACCGGAGUACUCUCGGUGUUCUCCGUUGUCGUUUUCGUGUCGCUCUUUGCCCUACACGGCGCGCCGAGGAAGAUCUUCUGCGGCUUCCCCGCCGCCAUAUUUUCCGUCAUCAUGUAUGGUUCUCCUCUCUCUGUUAUGAGAUUAGUAAUCAAAAGCAAAAGUGUGGAGUUCAUGCCAUUCUUCUUGUCACUGUUUGCGUUUCUUUGUGGCACUUCUUGGUUUAUCUUUGGUCUACUAGGUCAUGACCCAUUUAUUACUGUACCUAAUGGUCUUGGUUCUGUUUUGGGGGCAAUACAACUUAUAUUGUAUUUCAUAUACCGUGACAACAAAGGAACUCCUAAAAAACAUGGGAGUACAACAAAGGAGAAUUCAUUGGAAAUGGGCAUUGGAAAAACACAUCAUAUGAAACAAUCCAAUGCAAAUGAAAUUCAAGGGUAACAUUUCAAGGGCAUUGUGUAAUUCAAAACAAUAUGUGUAUUUUGGCUACAUAAGAUGUAGCUGUUUCUUUGGUUUUUCCCAUUGAUGAGACACAUGAGUGAGUGAGUUUCUCUUAAGAGAUGAUCUUUUUCCGUAGCCUAAAAAAUAAAAUUGGAAAGUAGAA